AGCUGCUGCAACUUAAUUAGAAGCUCCACCAAAAUACGCUUCUUCCUCUGUCCGUUAACGUUUCUUUCUUCUCAAAACCGUAAAACUAUAUAUACCCCUCAACUACCACUCUCUCUCUCUCUCCAUUUCCAAUUCCAAGUCCACCAUUGUUGAACUCAAGCCCUAGAUCUCUCUAUCGCUCUCGCUCGCUCUCUACGUUUUUGGCUAUGGCGGUAGCAUCGGAAACCGCGGAGAGAGUCGAUGUGUCUCAGCCAAUGGACUCGUCGUCUCCUUCGAGAUUGGCCGCCGCUGACUUGGCCUCCGAAGCCUCGUCCGUUGCUCGGCCUUCAUUCUCCGCCGACUCGCCUGAUCGCAACGACUCCGCCAAUUCCUCUCCCAGAGAUGGCGAUCCUCAGUCUCCAACGUCAUUGAAGAGCGAAGAGUAUCGUCAGUUGUUUCGGCUUCCACCAGAUGAAGUUCUUGUUGAAGAUUUUAAUUGUGCUUACCAGGAGAAUAUACUUAUUCAGGGUCAUAUGUACCUGUUUGUUCAUUAUAUUUGCUUUUACUCUAACAUAUUCGGAUUUGAGACGAAGAAAAUAAUUGCUUUCCAAGAAGUGACCAGUGUACGAAGGGCAAAGACUGCAGGCAUCUUCCCUAAUGCCAUAGAAAUUUUUUCCGGGGGCAAAAAGUAUCAGCUGCAAUGUCUUAAUCCACUUGUUAUUUGGCAGUACUUCUUCGCAUCCUUUCUCUCCCGUGAUGAAGCUUUCAAGCUCAUAAAUGAUGGAUGGUUGCAACAGAGUAAUGGCACCAAAGCAGCUACAGAACAGCAGGAAUCAAUAUCUGAAACAAGCAGCCAAGAGAAUGGAGGGGUUCUAAUUGAAAGGGUCAAGAGCUUUAAAAGCUCAGCCAAUGAAUUGGAUUCUACUGACAGGAAUAAGGAUGCUCCUGUAAUGAAUGAUUCGCUUCCUCUAAAUGUUGAAGAUGAGACAGUGUCAGCAAUAGCUUCUGAGCAGCAAGAUAAUGUAGAGAAGGAUACAGAGCCACUUCCAAAUGCUGAAUCUUCAUCUUCAAAGAAGACUUGGACAUGGAAGGAGGAAAAUUUUGAUGCCCCAAAGAUACCAGAAUUUUAUACAAGGGUUGCUGAAUCGAAGUUUCCGAUAAAGGUUGAGGACUUCUUUAAUUUCUUUUUCUCAGAUGAUGCUAUUAGUUGUACUGAAUUAUUUCAUAAAAGAUGCGGAGAUAAAGAAUUUCGGUGCAGUUCUUGGUAUCCUCAUGAAGUAUAUGGGCAUGCCCGUGAUGUAUCAUUUCAGCAUCCAAUAAAAGUCUAUUUUGGUGCAAAGUUUGGUAGCUGCCAAGAGAUCCAGAAAUGUCGAGUUUAUAGAAACAGUCAUUUGGUUAUGGAGACAUCACAAGAAAUCAGUGACGUGCCUUAUUCAGAUUAUUUCCGUGUUGAGGGACUUUGGGAUGUCGAAAGAGAUGCUGAUGGAUCAAAAGAAUGCUGUAGUUUGCGUAUAUAUGUAAAUGUGGCCUUUUCCAAGAAAACUGUGUGGAGAGGCAGAAUAGUGCAGUCAACUGUUGAAGAAUGUCGAGAAGCAUAUUUGAUCUGGAUUGAUAUGGCUCAUGAAUUGUUGAAGCAGAAGAACCUUGAAAACAAAGAAGAGGGAGGUGCUGCUGCUAAUGUGAUUCAGAAUGGUGAAGUUCAUAUUGAGGAUGAAGUAGAAACUGGGGAAUCCUCCAAAAGUUCAUUCGAGUCAAGUGACCAUAUAAGAACGCAACAGAUAUCAGAUUCCACAAAUGCUAACCAACAAGCUGGACGUCUCUUGCAAGAAAAUUUCAUUGAUGCUAAACCUCUAGCAUCUUGGUUAAGAGAAUUUAUAUUGACGUUAAGAUCAUUGAAAAGUCAAAACCAUGUUUCAGUACUUGCAGCUAUCAUCUUUGCAGUGAUUUUCUUGAUGCAGUUGAGCAUUGUUGUGCUACUAGUAAGACCACAUCACAUCCAUGUGAACCCUCAAUUUGAUUACAUGGCUAGCAUGGGCGGUGGAGUAGGUGGAAGAUCAUCUGAAGCAAUUGCUUGGUUGGAGAAGCGAGUUCACCAUCUUAAAGAUGAGAUGUACAUGGUUGAGGCUCGGCUUGAGAGGAUGCGAAAUGAGCAUGCACUAUUGAAAUCACAACUGAAAGACCUAGAAAAGCUUAGUAAGCAAACAUAGAUAUUUUGUAUAUCCUUAUUUUUUGUCAUGGUAAAUGUUUUUUAUUUUGUAAUUAAAAAAAUUUAUCAUACAAGGAACUUGUCCAUUUGAAUUUGCAAAUAGUUCCCAUAUUGAUCACAAGUGAUAAAUU